AUAAUUAUUUUAUUUUAGAUUUUGCAAUAAUUAAUUUAGUGCUAUGGUUAAGAUGGCUGAUUCUGCUGUUAGUGUACAGGUGGCUUUAAGGAUAAGGCCUUUAGUGGAAUCCGAAAUUUCUAAAGGAUAUGUUAAAUGUCUCGAAACAGUGCCAAAUGAACCUCAAGUUUUAAUAAAAGAUCUUUCGUUUACUUACAACCAUGUAUUUCCACCAGAAGUUUCGCAAGCCGAAUUUUAUGACACUGCUGUUAAGGGUUUAGUUGAUGGAUUGUUUAAGGGCUACAAUGUGACAAUAUUAGCUUAUGGUCAGACUGGCUCUGGAAAAACUCAUUCCAUGGGCACGGCUUAUUCAGGUGGGCCAGUCGAGGAGAUGGGUGUUAUACCAAGAGCAGUAAAAGACAUUUUUCAAAAAAUUUCAACUCUGAAGGAACAAUAUGAUUUUGGAUUACAAGUAUCAUUUAUGGAAUUAUAUCAAGAACAAUUAUUUGAUCUUUUAUCAAAAUCAAAUAGAGAUCAAAGUAUAGUUGAUAUCAGAGAAGAUCAACAAAAAGGAAUUGUAAUUCCUGGAUUAACCGAAAUUAAAGUAUUUAAUGCAAAAGAUACAUUAGAUUGUUUAGUUAGAGGAUCUCAUCGCAGAGCUGUAGGUGCAACUGCUAUGAAUAGUCAAUCCAGUAGAAGCCAUGCAAUAUUCACUAUCCAUAUACAACAGCAAAAAAUCAGUGAUGAAAAUAGUCUAACAAGUUGCAAGUUCCAUUUGGUAGACUUGGCAGGAUCUGAAAGAGCAAAUAAAACUAAAGCAACUGGUAAUCGCUUCCGAGAAGGUGUAAAAAUUAAUGAAGGAUUGUUAGCUCUGGGUAAUGUCAUAUCAAGAUUAGGCGAGGGCUGUACGGGUUUCAUAGGUUAUCGUGACAGCAAAUUAACAAGACUACUUCAAGAUUCGCUUGGGGGCAAUUCUGUUACUUUGAUGAUAGCUUGUGUAAGCCCAGCAGACUAUAAUUUAGAAGAAACAAUUAGCACAUUACGAUAUGCAGAUAGAGCAAGAAAAAUAAAAAACAAACCAGUUGUGAAUCAAGAUCCAAAGGCUGCUGAAAUUAUAAGAUUGAAAAACACUAUUCAGCAAUUGCGAAUGGAAUUAUUAGGAAAGGGCACUAUACAUGAAAAUGGAGAUGGCGACAACAAAAAUGAACUUGUACUGAAAUUGAGACAAGAGAUAAAGGAGUUACGAUUCAAAAAUAAUAAUUUAUUGAAAGCAUUAGAUUCAUCAGUAAUGGAGAUUGCAUGCUUGAAUGAGAAAGUAAUAUUAAAUGAAGCAUCAAAUGAACGAAUGACUCAUAAAUUGACGGAGAUGCGAGCAAUUUUUGAUGAAACUAAGGGAGAGUUAAGCACAAGUGAAAACUCAUCUAAUAAUAGUACUUUACAUAGAAUUAAAGAAAAAAUAGAUGAAAUGCAGAAAGAACUAAAAAAAGUUUCUACUGAUAUUUUGGACCAUGAUAUUGAAAAAAGACCUGUAUCAGAAGUGUCCAGUAAAUGUAGUGGUAUUCAAGAAGAUCUUCACUUAGAAUCGUCUGAAAGCAUUACUGAUCUUGAUGUAGAGGAACAACAAGAUAACCAUUUAUCUCAGCAGGCAGCUUUGACAACAGAGCUCCAACAAUUAAAUAAGGAAUUGGCUUGGAAGCAAACAUUAGUUGCACAAGUUGCACAAAAUCAUAUGAAUUUAGCUGAAUAUCAAGUAAAUAUAAGAGAAAAUGAAGAUGUCAUAAUUAAACUUCAGAAGGAGAGGGACGAGCUAAUGAUGCAAAUAAGAAAUAUGCAAAGUAAUGCUUCGUCCAAAUUGGCUGAAGAGAGAAGGAAACGUGUGCAGGCUUUAGAAACCGAGAUUGCAGAACUUCAGAAAAAAUUGAUACAACAGAAUAGAUUGCUAAAACUAAAAGAAAAAAAUGAUCAACGUAUAGCAACUUUAAAUAGUGAAAUCCAACAAAUCAAGGCCAGCAAAGUAAAAUUGAUAAGGACUAUGCGUGCAGAAUCAGAAAGCUUUAGAAAUUGGAAAAUUACACGGGAUCGUGAAAUGGCAAAAUUAAAAGAUCAAGAUCGUAAACGAGAAAAUGACAUGGCACGUAUGCAACAAAUGUUUGGCAAGAAGCACAACGUUCUCAAACGUAAAGUUGAGGAAACAAUAGCAACUAACAAGCGUUUGAGGGAUGCAUUAGAGAGACAAAAAAAUGCACAAACUAGAAGAUUACAGAUUGGCCCAGGCAAGGCUGACCAAGUACGUGCUUGGGUUGAACAAGAAGUGGAUGUAGCAUUGAGCACAGUGGACGCCCAAAAAACACUUGAGCAGUUAAUGGAAGAUCGUGCUUCACUUCAGCAGAAAUUAGAAAUCAUAAAAGCAAAACCAUUAUCAAAUAAUGAGAAUGAACAAACUCCUAAUGAAGAAAUCGAAAAGGAAAGAAAACAGCUUCAAGAUGAUAUUUCAUUCAGAACCGCACAGAUUGCUGAUUUACAAGAGAAAAUAAUAGCAUCAGAUCAGGAAAAUAAAGCAAAGUCGCGAUGGGAUAUCGUUCAAUCUCUUGGUGAAGCUAAAUAUGCUCUAAAACACUUAUUUGAUAUGAUUGCUGAAUCAAGACGUUCAGUUGAUGCCCAUAAAGAGCGCAGUACUGAACUGGAGGAUCAGCUAACAGAAGUAGUGGCGAAAGUUGCUCAAUGUCAACAGGAAAUGGAUAAGCUGCGUGAGCAGCAUAGACAUGAAUUGGCUGAAUUGGAAGGCGAAGGGGAGUACAAAAUUUCAGUCUUACUUCGUCAAUUAAGAUCUAAUGGUUCAAGUAAUACGAAAGAUGAGAAUGAUUUGGAGCAACGAAUAAAGUUCCAAGAACGAGAGCUGGAGCGCAUGGAUGCUGUACAAGCAGAGUUGGAAAACUACAAAAAGGAAGUAGAAGAGCUCAGGGAACAGUUGCAGGAAGUAAGGACAUAUGGAAACAGAAAGGAUAUUAAGAAUUGUAGAACACCUGAGAAAAAGGCUAAGAAAAUGAAACAAGAUCCAGAUCAUCUUAAGCUGGAUUUCGAGCCAAUGAAUUUAUCAGAAAGUGAUGAAGAGGUUUAUGCAGAUUCCGCUGAAAAUGAUCCCGAUUUUAGACUAACGCCUAUAUAUAAGCGAGUACAGUUAUCGAAGACACUGCCAAGGCAUAUGCGAGUGUCAGCAGGUGUUAAACGUAACAGCAAUGGUGAAAUCCAAUGUAACUGUAAAGGUAAAUGCCAAAACAGAUUAUGUGGUUGUCGCAAAAACAACAUGAAAUGUAGUAGCGCCUGCAAGUGCUCAAAAGAAAACUGCAAAAACAUGGCAGAAGAAGAGGAGGACUUUGGUUCAAAGAAUAUUAAGGAGGAGACUCCAGAUAGUAUAUGCAUAUCAGUACCUAAUAACACCAAAUCAGAUACUAGUGAAUGCAGGUGAUAUGUUUUUUCUUAAAUAUAAGAAUAUGUUAUGAGUAAUAAUACUGACAAUAUUUUCAAGAUUAUUACUCAAAAGACUGAAUUAGAUGUUUAAUAAAUUAGUAUAAAAGAAUCAACAUUUAAAUGAGAAGUAGUUAUAAGUAAUUUCAUGAAUUUCUUCUUAGAUUGG